AGAAGAAGAAGAAGAAGCAGGAGAAGAAGAAGCAGCAGCAGCUACACGGCGUGAACGGCGAGUUAAAGGUCAUAGGUUAAGAGGCGCUCGAGCCUUCAGACUGUUGUCAGGUAGACUGUCGGUGACCCUCAACGGGGCGACUUCCCAUUGGUCAGUUUGUUGAAGCGGACCACGACUCCGGGAUGAGUAAAACGAAGAGUAAAAGUGACAAUAAGACUGAAAAAGCUUUGGCUGCGGAAAAAGAGCAGUUCGGCAAACAGCAGCUGCACAGCAUCAGCAAGACCCUCACCUCGAGUGAAACACCGCCGAAGGAGAAAUAUGUGCGUAAUAUCAUCAUGGGGACGCAUAAAGAAGGUGGAGCCACCACCUUUUGGUCCUAUGUGCGGAACCUGCCUCUGUCAAGCAACUCCAUGAUAAGCUGGAAAUUCUGUUACAUGGUUCACAAAGUACUAAGGGAUGGACACCCAAAUGCUGUUAAAGACUCCCACAGAUACUGUCACGACGUCAGCUCUAUGGGCAUUCUCUGGGGGAACUUGCAUGAUCGAUAUGGACACAUUGUGGCCUUGUCUGCCAAAUUCCUCUGCAUCAAGAUGCAAUUUCACGUGAAGUACAAGACAAUCCCAGGUAGUCUUGAAGCUACUGAUGAGACUGUGGAAAGGGAGGCUACUGGUGACAUGAACAAAGUGUUAGACAUGACGCAGGAGCUGCUGGACUAUCUGGAUGCUGGGCUAAAGAUGGCUGAGACGGUUUUGCGCCAGCUGGACGCCAAUGGUGCCAAGUCCACAACUCCAGCAGGGCAGUGCCGACUAGCUCCUCUAAUACCCCUCAUACUGGACUGCAGUUUUCUCUAUCAUUUUUCAGUCAAAUUGAUGUUCAAACUUCACAGCCGCAUUGCAGCAGACGCUCUUCUUGGACACAGGGAGCGUUUCCGUGAGCUUUUCAGCAGCCUCACUCAGUUUUUUGACAGAGCCAGAGAAAUGGAGUUUUUUAAAAGUGUCAUCCUAAUUCCAGACUUACCAGACUCACCUCCAAACUUCCUUCGUGCUGCUGCCCUGGCAGAAUACAAGAAACCAGUGGUAGUGAUGCCCAAUGAGGAGUACGAUGUGGAAGAGGAGCUGGAGCCGCAGCCUGAGCAAGUGCCACAGAUGCCACAGUACUAUUUGCUCAGCCAAAUGGGACUUCCAGAUGUGGGAAUUGAACGAAAUGACCAGGAAACAGAGAGUCUAAGGAGGGAGCUGGAGGUGCUCAAGCCAGAGCUGCGUCUCAUCAAGACCGAGGCCCAGAGGUGUGUGACAGAGUUGAAGUCUCAAGUUAAUAAUUUGGAAGCUGAGCUGGAAGAGCAGCGCACCCAUAAGCAGAUGGCACUGGUGGAAAAUGAACACCUGCGGAUGGAAGUGGAGGCUUUACGGUGCACCAAUGUCGCCAAUGCAGGGGCUCAGCUGGGAUACAAGGAGGCAGACACUCGAGCACAGGCAGCAGAGCUUCGUUUUUCCCAGCUCAAAGAGAGACAUGCUGAGCUGGUUACCAGCCAUGCAGACUUAAUGAAGAAGAAUGCAGAUGUGGUGAAGCUGUUCAGCAAUGCAAAACAAAACCAAGAGGAUCUGCUCAGAGCCAAACAGCAGAUAUCCAGUGAGUUGGAGCACCUCCGCCGAGAGCAGAGGAGCAAGGUGGAUCAGCAGCAGCAGGAGAUUGACAGACUGAACAAAGUGCUGCUGGAGCAGAGAGCAGAGCUGGCUCAUGUUCACAGUUCACUGGCAAAUAAAGACAUGGAGGGUUCCCAGAUGAGUGGUACCCUAGCAGGGCUGCAGGCAGAGAGAGAUGUGCUCCUGCGAUCUUCCAGCGAGAAGGACGCAGAGCUCGCCUCCCUGAGACAGCAAGCACAACAGCAGCAAAGCUUUUUGGACCUGGAGAGGGACAGGAACAACAGAGAACUGGACUCCUUGAGGGCUCAGCUACAGCAACAGCUUGCCAUCAAUGCAGAGCAGAGACUAGAGAUUGACAGGCUGAGACGAGAGCUGGAACUGGCACGAGCAGAAGUGUCGCAUACAAAUAAUGCCCUGCAACACAAAGAGAUGACUGGCUCCCAGAUGAGCAGUACUUUAGCAGGGAUGCAGGCAGAGAGAGAUGUGCUACUGCGAUCUUCCAGGGAGAAGGACGCAGAGCUCGCCUCCUUGAGACAGCAAGCACAACAGCAGCAGAGCUCACUGGACCAGGAGAGACAGAGGAGCAACAGAGAACUGGGCAGCUUACAGAUCCAACUGCAGCAGCAGGCCUGUCGUGAAAACGAGCUGAUCCAGAAGUUACAGGAGGAGCAGUUUUGUCUGCUCCAGUGUGCUGUGGUGGAAGCCGAGGGCAUCGUGCUAGACGCUGUGGCUAAACUGGACGACCCUAUACAUGUCCGCUGCACUAGCUCGCCUGACUACUUGAUAAAUCGAGCAGAGAUAACGCUGAGCUCCAUAGACAAAAUGCAGCAGAGCCACCUGAUCUACCUGGGAAACAAGAACGAUGCCAGUGGUUUGUUGAGAGCGGUAACACAAUUCUCCCACCUCGCUGCUGACACCAUUGUGAAUGGAUCAGCAACCUCCCACUCUGCUCCCACUGAUCAAGCUGACCGUUUGACUAACAGCUGCCGGGACUGUGCCAACCACUGUCUGCAAUACCUGAAGGAGCUGAAGCUUCAAGCCACCUUACAGAGAGCAGACCCCGCCGCCAUACGCAGCAUUGUCCAGCGCAUUCUCACCUUGGGACAGGAGCUACAACCAAAAGGACAAGAUGUGUUAAGGGAAGUGCUAGGAGACGUGGUGGAUAAAGAGAUGCUCGCCACAUCCACUGCUAUUGAGGAGGCUGUGCUGCGCAUGGAUGAGAUAAUAAGUCAGACAAAAAGGGACACAACUGGCAUAAAACUCAAAGUAAACCAAAGUAUUCUUGGAUCCUGUUCGGAUUUGAUGAAGGCUAUUCAUAUGCUGGUGACAGCUGCUACUGACUUACAAAAAGAUAUAGUGGAAGGAGGCAGGGGAGCCGCAACAGUACAAGAGUUCUAUGCCAAAAACUCCCGCUGGACAGAGGGACUCAUCUCUGCCUCCAAGACUGUGGGCUGGGGUGCCACACAGAUGCUAGAUUCAGCUGACCGGGUUGUGACUGAUCAAGGUAAAUAUGAGGAGCUCAUCGCCUGUUCCCACGAGAUUGCUGCCAGCACUGCUCAGCUAGUUGCUGCCUCCAAGGUGAAGGCUGACCGUAACAACAAGAAGCUGCACACUCUCCAGCAGGCCUCGAGAUAUGUAAACGACAUGGCAGCCGUAGUAGUUACCUCCACCAAACAUGGACAGCAGCAGAUCACUGACAAAGACCCAAUGGACUUUUCUGGAAUAUCCUUGAUCAUGCUGAAGAAAGAAGAGAUGGAGGCUCAGGUGAAGGUUCUGGAGCUGGAGAACCACCUGGAACAGCAGCGUAUCCGACUGGGGGAGCUGAGGAAGAGACACUAUGAAUUUGAAGGCGCUGAAACCUCCGUUAAGGAAGAGGAAGAAGCUGAUUGUUUUCCCCCACCACCCCCACCCACUUUACUAGAAUCCACACAAGAACCCCAGGCCUUCUCACAAACCAAGCCCUACCUAAACACACAGAGUUUCACAACAAAUCCAUUCUUGCCACCUCAAAAUCAGUCUUUUUCUCUACCCCAGUCUUACACACCAGCGCAAUCCUACUCACAGAUCCAGGUGCGCACGCCGUCUCAAUCGUACACACCCUCCCAUUCCUAUGUCCCAACUCAGCCUUUCACACAAACCCAGCCUCACACAUUACACCAAACACCAGAUUACCUGCUGUUUUCACAAUUUCAGCCUUCCCCAUACACAUCAAACCCCUCCCAGCUUCACUCAGCCUCUCAGCCCCAGGAAGUCCCCCACAGUGCUGCAGAGGUCAACAAGCCAGUCCCUGCAAAGAAGCACAACAUCUUUGUUAAAUCUGGGAACCUGCUGAAAAAUGCAUUCAGAAGAGGCGAGACUGGAACAGGAGAAACCUGA